CUCCCGGAAGUGGAGCCUCGGGGGGCGUCUCCGACCUUCGCGCGGGGGCGGGCGGGCCGGCUGUUUCGGGGAGGCGGCGGGAGUCAGGAACCUGAUGCCAGGCAGCGGAGCCCGGGAUGGCUUCGGCUGGAGGCGGCGACUGCGAGGGCGCCGCGCCGGAGGCGGACCGUCCUCACCAGCGGCCCUUCCUGAUCGGAGUGAGCGGCGGCACCGCGAGCGGGAAGUCCACUGUGUGUGAGAAGAUCAUGGAGCUGCUGGGCCAGCACGAAGUGGACCACCGGCAGCGGAAGCUGGUCAUCCUGAGUCAAGACAGGUUCUACAAGGUCCUGACCCCAGAACAGAAGGCCAAGGCAUUGAAGGGACAGUACAAUUUCGAUCAUCCAGAUGCUUUUGAUAACGAUCUGAUGCACAGGACUCUGAAGAACAUCGUGGAGGGCAGAACCGUCGAGGUCCCAACCUAUGAUUUUGUGACCCACUCAAGGUUAGCAGAGACCACGGUGGUCUACCCCGCAGACGUGGUCCUGUUCGAGGGCAUACUGGUGUUCUACAGCCAGGAGGUCCGGGACAUGUUUCAUCUGCGCCUCUUCGUGGACACGGACUCCGACGUCAGGCUGUCGAGAAGAGUUCUCCGGGACGUGCGCCGCGGGCGGGACCUAGAGCAGAUCCUGACCCAGUACACCACCUUCGUCAAACCUGCCUUCGAGGAGUUCUGCCUGCCGACCAAGAAGUAUGCGGACGUGAUAAUUCCUCGAGGGGUCGACAACAUGGUGGCCAUCAACCUGAUCGUGCAGCACAUCCAGGACAUCCUGAGCGGCGACCUCUGCAAGUGGCAACGGGGAGCCAACGGGCGGAGCUACAAGAGGACAUUUCCUGAGCCGGGAGACCGUCCCGGGGUGCUGACCUCUGGCAAGCGAUCGCACCUGGAGUCCAGCAGCCGACCCCACUGAGGAGCGGGGUGCUCCGCCCCUAUAAACGCAACCGCUGCUUCCUCUGGGCGCCGGAUGGUACAGACGGGAUGGGAUGGGGAUCACGGUGGUCCUCGCUGCACCUGUUAGACUCAACGGGCUGUUGGCACGCCCUCCCGACGUCUACACCUGCUUCCUCACGUUAAGGAGGGUUAGAAGUCUAAGUUACUGAGAAAUGCCCCAGAACGUGUGGUGAGCUGGUCACAUCUUUUGGGAACAUGGAGCACACAGCCUGGUCGCUGUGGCUGUCCCAGUGUGUGACAGGAACCCACAGCGAGAGAGACCCUAGGUUGGCCUGGUUCCCACACACGUGCGUCUGAAACAGAGGUUUGAGGAGCGAGUACUUCCCCUUUCUAUGUGUUACACGUGCGAGUGUUUUGUUAUUUAUUCUCCCAUGUGAGCUGUGACCUAGUAACCGAGUUUCGUGCCUCAGCAGUGGCAGACUGAUGUGAGGAGCCACAGAGAGCUUGCUUUCCUCCUGGGCUGUGCGCCAAGGAAGGAGCCCCGGGAACAAGCCUUUCCUUAACCAGCAUCAAACACAACACGGGAGGGGGUGGUGGGAGGCACACUGGUGCAUGCCGUGUCCACACGCGGACCCGCUCGGGAGCCGCCUGGGCCCCGGGUGCUGUGUGGCCAGGCCUUCCCUGGGGGAGCCCCGGGCCACGUCCAGGGCACAGCGUCCAACGCCAGCCAGUCUCCUCGCGCACACUGAGUCCCCGGCUGCACGCGCGAUGCCUGUGGCCGGUGUCGUCCUGGUUUGUCUUCCCUCCCAAACGACACCGUCUGUGUAAAAGUGACGCUUUCCCCUGGCCACCGGCUAGGCUGCAUGGGCCCUCCCGGUUUCCUCCUGUCAAGCACUGAGUUGCGGAUAGGACCUCAGUAGAGCUGGGCCAUGGCUGCUUUCUGACGGCCGUGUGACAGUCUCGUCAAGCUUUACUGUACCCUUUUGCAGAAUAAAUAACACCAAAUACCA